AUGUUUUUUCUUCCCCUCCCAUCCAUUCUCCUCAAACCAAACCCAAACCAGACAGACCCUUGAACAAAUUCCAGACAGAUCUCGUUUUAGCGGCGAUGAUAAGGCUGGGUUGAAUUCUCUCUCUCUCUCUCUCUCUCCCGUCUGUUCUCCUCGCAAUCGCACUCUCUCACUCGCUCCCAUAGCCUAGCCGCCGCCAUGUACAAUUGCCGCCGCCUGCUUUCGAUAAUUGCCUCCAGUGCCCUCGUUGGAUUUCUCUUCCUAUCGCAAACGACAGCCGGUUCUCUCGAUCCCGAAACGUUCGCAAACCGAAAUUCCGACGGCCCCGUAUCACGAUUCCGGAACUAUCUCAAAAUCAACACUGCUCACCCCACGCCCGACUACGUCGCCGCCGUUAGUUACCUCGCCGAUUUCGCCGCUACCAUACCCACGCUCCAAGUCCGAACACUUUAUUUCACCACCCCAGCGAAACCGCUUCUCCUCCUUACAUGGCCAGGCUCAGACCCCUCCCUCCCCGCGGUUCUUUUCAAUUCCCACCUCGACUCGGUCCCGGCCGAGCCCUCCAAGUGGCUGCACGACCCCUUCGCCGCCCAUCUGACCGAGGACGGCAAGAUCUACGCCCGCGGCGCUCAGGACGAUAAGUGCAUCGGAAUGCAGUAUUUGGAAGCCAUUAAGCAGCUGAAAACCAUUCGAGGCUACAGUCCCUUGAGGACCGUGCACAUAUCGUAUGUGCCUGAGGAAGAGAUCGGGGGACUGGAUGGAAUGGCCAAGUUUGUUGAGAGUGCAGAGUUCAAAGAUUUAAACAUUGGGUUUUUCAUGGAUGAAGGGCAGGCGUCCGCCAACGACGACGAGUAUAGAGUGUUUUACGCGGACCGAUCGCCGUGGCAUCUGGUGAUUAAGGCGACCGGAGUACCCGGGCAUGGGUCCCGAAUGUAUGAUCGUAGCGCCGCAGAGAACUUGAUGAAGAGUGUGGAGCUCAUUAUGAAGUUUAGGGAGAAUAAUUUUGAUGUGAUCAAGGCUGGUUGGGCUGCCAGCUCAGAGGUUGUUUCAGUCAAUCUAGCCUUCUUCAAAGCAGGAAUCCCGUCUCCUUCUGGAUUCGUAAUGAAUAUGCAACCGUCCGAGGCGGAGGCAGGGUUUGAUGUUCGACUGCCACCAACAGCUGAUCCUGAACGGAUGAGAAAGAGAAUUGCAGAGGAAUGGGCACCGGCGUGGAGGAACAUGUCGUACGAGAUCACAGAGAAAGGUCCUCUGAGAGACCACAGGGGACGCCCUUUACUGACAGCCACAAAUGACUCCAACCCAUGGUGGUUGGUAUUCAAGCAAGCCAUCAAAGAGGCCGGUGGAAAACUUGCAAAGCCAGAGAUCCUACCUACAACUACGGAUGCCCGAUAUCUGAGACAAAUGGGAAUUCCUGCCCUUGGUUUUUCUCCCAUGAAGAGCACUCCAAUCCUGCUCCAUGAUCAUAAUGAGUAUCUGAAGGAGAGUGUUUACCUCGAGGGGAUUAAGGUUUACGAGCACAUAAUCAGGUCAUUAAGUUCCUACAAUGGAGCUUCAUUUAUUUAGUAAAGAAAAGAAGAGAAAUGAGAAGAUCGACGAAAGCUGCCUGCUCGUAUUGUAUGUACUUCAGUGAGUCUUUGUUCGACAACUUGAAAUUCAGCCAACCAAGACUUCAUUAUCGUGAUAACCAAUGUUUUAUUUGUUGUACCUUGUAGAUAUAUUAGUAUCCACUUGACUCCUUUCUAUGUUACUUUCAAGGAUUGCUCAUGAAUUGAUUGAUCACUCCCACUAUAUGUGGGAUAUCUAGUCUUGAACCGACUAUGGCGAUAUCAGAUGCAUACUAGACAUUCCUUCCUCAUGUGAUCGUAUUCCAACUUAUUCUUGAGUGAGUCUUUGUUUGACAAUUUGAAAUGAGAUUCCUUCCUCAUGUGAUUGUAUUCCAACUUAUUGAGUGAGUCUUUGUUCGUGACUCUCAAUGUGUGUGCUCAUAUGCUUUGCAUCUUAUAUUUUAAAUCUCUUCAAGACAUUCUUGAUAUAUUUUACCUGCAAGAGAUGCAAUCACCCAUUUUCCCA